AUGUGGAUUUUUACAGCACUUCUAUAUAUAACUUUUCAUAUACAUUUUGGAAAUGCUAAUACAGUCCCAGUUUUCGUAUUAGAUUAUGAAUCUGUCCUUCCACAGAUAGAUCUUGAGCCAAAUCCAUUCUCCAAAGUUGAUCCUAACAUUUUCCUCGAUGUAAUUCAUGAGACACUCAAAGACGAUAAGAUCGUAGUUAUUUUUAUAGAAGAACUAUUAAGCACGGAAGACAUAAGUAUAAAAGAUGAACAUGGAUCUCCAUUUUACAACUUAAAACGAGGAAUCCUCAACGGCAAAGUAAAAUACUUCCCAAAGGUCGUGGAACCAUACAAGGCGUUGAAACAAGUAUUUCAACAUCGGAAAUUCAAUGUGUUUCAUAUUACAAGCGCUAGCAAUAAAAUACAGAUUCAUAACGGACGACAAAAGCAUUUCUACAUCUAUUUCAAAGAUGUGUUAAAUGAAACACGAGCUAAUGCUCUGCGUCGUCACGAUUUAGUUAUGAACGAAGUCUACUCAGUCAUAAAAAGUAUAGCAACGGGUCCAGUUGUAGCGUUUUACACGGGAAAGAUAAAUCCAAUAGUUAUUAAGAAAAUGAACUUUUUACCUAUCAAACCGACAUCAGUUAGACGUCCACCAGGAGUUACAAUUACCAGUACCGGUGGACUAUUUCGGCUUAUUGAAAGUGUGGGCCUCUUGGAGAUGGGAGAAGAAGUUGGUCGUACAAAGUUAGGUGUGUCUGUUCCGUGGAACCAUUCAUACGUGUGUGGUGAACCACUUAUACUGGUCAACACGAGGGAUGGAAGUUCCGUUAUUAUAUCUCAGUAUCAGAUACAGCCGUUCCAUACAGAUUUAGUGUUACGAAAUGCUUCUAGUGGUUCACAGCACUGUUUUGGCCCGGCGAUUCACUGUGGACCAUAUUUCAACGCACAGAUUUUGUCCGGUUUAUUGGUUACCUUCUUGUUUCUUGGCAUAAUUACAUAUGGAAUAACGACCUUAUACGGCUGCAAUUCUAACGACAGGUAUGACAAUCCUCAAGGGAAACCACUGGUUAUCAUGGCUGACCAUCAUUAA